GGACAUGAGGUUUCCAAAGUGGAGACGCAUGGACAUCUCAUCGCAGUGUGUGUGGACACAGCAGCGGAUAUCCUGGUUCCAAGGACAGGAAGAGUGCUCUUCCUCUACCAACCCCCUCAGACACUGACAUACACAUAUAAACAAUCUGUGGCAUUCUUAAUGGCAAAAUCAUCCACUGCCCCUACAGUACUUGUGUACUAAUUCCCUGGGCUAUUGUUCCUCGUACCAAAUGUUCAAAUGCCCCGAUUCUCUCAGGGGAGCAUAUAUAUCUACCCACGAGUAGAGAUAAAUAAACAAAGAUGCCGAGAGUGAGAUGAAAAAAACAAAAACAAGACUUCAUAUCAAAAUACUAAUUCCAGCCUUUGAACUGAGCCCCUCUGGUUUUCUUAUCAGUCCCAUGGUAGCCUCUUACCCGGCCAAAUGAGUCAAUGUUCUCCCCCGUCCUCAUUUCCUUGUGUUUUCUGAAAGCAGAGCUCUGUUUUUCACCAGAGGGGUCAAAGGGCCAAGCCUCGGUCAUUCCUGCUCUCUAAAACCGAUCUCCAGCUGCUCGCCGCUUGCCCUUUACCUUAGUAUUAUUUCACAUACUAUAAUUUGCUGAGUUUUGCUGCCACUUCUCACUCAGCAGAGUGUGGGAUGAAUGGACUGCAUCUUGCGUAGGUCAGUUUGAAAGUCUGAAAAUUGCGUCAUUUGUAGUUUUUUGGGUUAUGGGGCUGUUUUGAAUUUUGCAACCCACCCCCACUCAUCAGUCCUUGACAGUUGAGUAGAGAAAGUGGUCGGUGAGGGUGUAAAGUGUCUCGGAGUGGGCAGCAUAUACCCUGACUCCUCCAAUCUGUCCAAAUAAACACUCUUCCUCCCCCCAACACCACCACCCCCACCCCUAGUUCCUGGGGUUAUCAUAGAAAACCAUUUCACUGCUCCCCUGCCCACCAGAAGCAGCAGUCUUUAGCACAGCCCAGCACUCUUUCUGUGCAUUCACAUUAGAGGCAACACAGGAUACACACUCACACUCAAUCACACACACACACACACACACACACACACACACACACACACACACACACACACACUCAAUCAUAUCUCAAACUGGAGUCAGAGUACGGAAACAGAAUGUCAGGAAAGGAAGCGCUGAAGCCAGUGGGAAAGCAGAGUUUGCCUCAAGUCGGUGGAGCUCGUUUCUGAAAUUUCAAUUCAUUACAGCAGGCCAUUAUCUGAGGAUUUUAUUUUGCGCUUUUGGUUAUUUUUAAAUAGACCAGAAAAACAAAAAGGUAGUAAACAUAAGGAACUCAACUUUACUUGGAUACCACCCUCAAGAUCUGGAUUUUGGAACGGAGAAAAGACAUCCAUCAGGAGGAAAUUCUUGAAAUUCUCUGCGUCUCCGACCAACUCACCGCUCGUCAGGUCUCUCAGAGUCCCAACAUCUGUGGCCACCGUUUAACUGCAGUCAUUGGGUUUACCAAACACUGUCAUUUUUUUUCCUGCAGUUGGGACCACUAGGAAGAUGAGUUUGUCACGGAACGGGACGCUGGAGAAGAUGGUAUUUGAACAGGCCCACUCUGAGCCGCGCUCCCCCUCCAGAGUGGGGUCAGGGGUCGUGGUGCCGCCUCCGUACUCGCCGGGCGGCGGCGAGGCUCCCGAAUCCCCCCUGGAGUUGAGGGGCUCUCUGGACUGCUGGGCAUGCUCUGUGCUGGUCACUGCCCAGAAUCUCGUCAUCGCACUGAUCAACGCCGUGCUGGCCAGCGUCGUGUUUGGCACCAUCCUCACCCCUGCUCUUGCCAUGGUCAUAUUCGGCUUCCUCUGCCACUCCACGGUGCAGCCCCAUGGAACAUCCCUGUUUUGCUCAGACGUGCUGGAUGACGGCGGCUGUGUCGCUCUGCUGGUGGUGGGUUUUCUGCUGCUCACCCCCCUGCUGGUCCUGGCUCUCGCUGCCUACUGCCGACUGGCCCGACACCUUCAGCUGGGCAUGUGUUUCAUUCCCUACAGCCGUGCCGUGUACAAGAACCUGCCCGCCUCACGCCGCCAGAGGUCCGACACGGGAGGCUGCUGUGGCCAGCGGGGGGCUUCCGAGGGGGAGGGGAAGGGGAAGGGCAGCAUAUGGGUGUAGGAGAGGAGAGAAGAGGAAAGUAGAGGAGAGGAGGGCAGGAUUGUAAUGUGUAUGUCCCUAGAGUACAAUUGUGUUUCUCUUUUUCUACUGCCAUUGUAAAAAUCCAUCAUCGCUUGUAUUGAAUGUUUGGAACUGAAUAUUGCCUUUUUUUACAUAUAUACUAUUCAUGUAUUUUUUAUACGUACUUUUUAAAAUAUAGUGCUCUACCGGCAAGCUGAAUUUUGUAUUUCCUACAGACCUCUGCACUGAACACGUUGGAAGUGAGCCAAUUUCAUUAAGAGAGAAAGAGUUGAAGUUCAAAGAAGUGUGAAUCACACUGAACAGAUUUAUUGGACAGUGUAUGUACAUACAGUAAGCAAACUUUCCUCAAGCCUCAGACUGUAAAUACACAUCAUGGUUACACUUACGGGACAACAUCUCUGCAGGUGUCGAACAUGUUGCCUAUUCUCAUUAAAAUGAUAAAAGUCAAACAAGUAACAAG